CUCAAUCGGCAAACAACACGAAGAAUUUACAAAUGCUUCUUCUUUUUCAUUACAUUCCUUCAAGCGAUUCUAAGCAUUUCUUCUUCCAUUUGGUCUAUAACCAGUGCGGGGUAACUGUGGAACGUGGUUUUCAAGAAUAGUCUAUGGUACAUAGGAAAUUUAGAAAAUCCUGAAUGCAUUCGCAACUGUGCUUAGGUUUUAUUGUCGAACGGACAGAACUCGCAAUAAUACAGAAAACUCGGAAGAAAGUGUUGGAUGAUUAAAAAAACGUUUUUUUGUAAAUAUUAUGUUAACACACUAGUGAAAAUGUUUUGAAUGUAGGCGUCGUUUAGUGCGAAAAAUUCUUUGAACACAGUUUGCAUUAAUGUAUCUUUGGUUCAUUUUCUUUUGUAAAUUAUAAAGAAGUGCACAACUUUGGACUUGAAAACGACAACUUUCAUCUGUCUCGCACGUAAUGAAAAGAAUCACGGAACUAUGAGUCAUACAAGUGAAACCAAUUCUUUAUCACAACCCCUAAGAGUAGAAACAGAAGACACUGGUGGGCACCAAGACAACAGCAACUAUUAUGAAGAGGAAAAAGACAGCUUCAAUCAUGCCAACGAAAGUCAUGAUAACGACUCCUUAGGACCACUACCUCCAAAAUGGGAAAAAGCAUUUACAGAAAGCGGAGAAGUAUAUUUUAUCGACCAUUCGACUGGAACAUCGCAUUGGUUAGACCCGCGGUUAUCAAAAUUUCAAAAGAAAACCCUCGAAGACUGCAUGGACGACGAAUUGCCUUAUGGGUGGGAAAAAAUUAGCGAUCCCCACUAUGGUACAUAUUUCAUAGAUCAUGUUAACCGACGAACGCAAUAUGAAAACCCGGUAAUACAGGCAAAACGGGCUGCAUCUCAAGUAUCAACGAGAGUGAGUGGUACAUCAUUCACCAAAGAUCCUUCGGAGUUAUGUGGCCAGCGUUUUAGAACGUCCUUAGUAAAGUCCUCUAGAGGCCUAGGAUUUACGAUUGUGGGCGGUGACGAUACUGUAGAUGAGUUUUUGCAAAUAAAGUCUGUGGUUCCCAAGGGACCCGCAUGGUUAGAUGGGCAGCUACAAACUGGCGAUGUUAUAGUAUACGUCAAUGACACGUGUGUUCUUGGAUACACCCACAAUCAAAUCGUACGAUUAUUUCAAUCGAUAAGUGUAGGUUCCACGGUAUCCUUGGAAGUGUGUAGAGGAUAUCCACUUCCGUUUGACCCGAAUGAUCCAAAUACUGAAGUGGUCACGACCAUAGCCGUCGAUGGUCAUUUGCAGCCAGUUUCAACCGAUAAAAGAUUGUUAGACACGAAUUACAAUUUCCUAGAUGGAGACGAUAUAUCUAGAAAUGAGGAUAACAUGGAUGCUCCCGAUGACAUCGACGAUUUACUUAAAGGAAUCAAUAAUUUAACGCUAGGCAAGGUGGAAGUGAGAGUACACAUCGUGAAGGGUAACUUGGGAUUCGGAUUUACCAUCGCAGAUAGUGCUUGCGGGCAGAGGGUUAAAAAAAUCUUAGACCGUCAGCGGUGCAAGAACUUAAUGGAAGGGGACAUUUUAUUAGAAAUUAACGAUAUAUGCCUCCAAAAUAUGUCCCACGAUGAAGUAGUUCAGGUAUUAAAAAAUUGUCCAUACAACAAUGAAGCAACUAUUUGUGUGCAAAGAGGCUGCCCUAAUAAGACCCCCAAUGUUCGAAAUAAAUCGAGGAAACUUGAUAACAGAUACGCAAAGGAUAUUGCGACAGCUUAUAGAAGUAAAACACCGACUGCCGAUAUUUAUAGCACACAGCCCAGGGAAGUUCUUCCCAGCAGACCCAAAACGCCGCUGGUAGACACUAGAAAUCUAGCGAAAACUCCCGUCAAAGACGUGAAUUCCAAUUCGAGCGAAUUGUUUAACGACGGAUUCACCGCUGAUCGGUCAAGACUUCGUUUGUCGUUAAUUGAUAACCAGGAAGACGACGAUCUUGACAUAGAAAUACCAGAAAAUAACCAAAAUAAACAGUUGUUCGAAUAUCCACUUCCGGUAGAUCCAAAGUUCAGCCUAUAUAUGUCCGCCCCACACAGAUACGACUGCGCUUGCGCCUUUUGCGCUAGUCCCAAGCAGCCUGUAAUGGAAUCUCGGGAUAACUACGACAACCCGAACAACGUGAAAAAAUUCGCCAACGAUUGGUGGUGUCAAAAUCCUCGGAAUGAUUACCUAACAACCGCGGUCACUCUGAACCGGCAAGAGACUGGCUUUGGUUUCCGUAUAGUUGGAGGAAUCGAGGAUAAAUCCCAGGUCGCCGUAGGUCAUAUAGUUCCCGGUGGCGCUGCCGAUUUAGACGGAAGAAUGCAAUCGGGGGAUGAAAUUGUCAGUGUGGAAGGGUUUUCUGUGUUGAAGGCCUCUCAUCGUCAAGUAGUUCAGCUGAUCAAUGCAGCUGCAGCUAGGGGACAGGUUAAUUUAAUAUUACGAAGAAGAUUGUAUCCCCCACCUCCGCCGACACUGCCAUUGAACUUUAACGGAAUGGUAUGGUCUCAGGAGCAUUCCCCUUCGCAAAUUCCAGCGUCACACGCGGGACCUUUGGUAAUAACUACCGCACAUCCUGGUCCUACGUAUGACGUCACUGUUCAGAGAACGGAAAAUGAGGGUUUCGGUUUUGUGAUAAUAUCAUCGGUAAACAAGAUCGGGUCCACAAUAGGACGUUUAAUAGAGGACAGUCCAGCGGAGAGAUGUGGAAGACUGAGAGUAGGAGAUUUCAUCGUGGCCGUGAACCAUAUAGACAUCAUGCAUUUAACUCACGGAGAUAUAGUGAAUUUAAUCAAAGAAUCAGGAUUAACGGUUACUUUGACGAUAGCGCCGAAUUCAGAUCUUUGAUUAAAAUUCGUCUUGAUUAAACGAUUCUGUUGCAAGUUUGUAACCUUACAAAUGGAUAGCAAGUGUAUUAAUGAAUACCAUAUCAGCAAGUAGGUAUUUGGCGUAGGUUUGUCUUUACAAAUUUACAUGCCUCGUUGUGAUAAGUGUUACUGCCUAAUUUUUGAAAUUUUACCUGUAUUUUCGGAAAUAAUCGAAUUUAAUGUUCCAAUUUUUACAUUCUAUAUGAACUAGAAUUGUACAUUGCAAGUUGUAAAUAAAUAUUUAGGUUAAGUUUUGUAUUGAUUGCGUAGUCAAAUCUAUAACACCAAUUUAACGGCUUUGGCAAACGAAUAUUUUAUGAAUAGGUCACCAGUAAAAACAAUUUCAAGAAAAUUUAUCCAUAUUUAUUUUCCAAAGCCUUAUCAGUUUAGUAUAGAAUAUUGUUGGAAAUAUAUAAUACAGCCGUAAUACUAGGUAGUUAAAUGUUUGGUUAUUUUAUUAUUGCUUUUUCCAAUAUUUAAAGCUUUACAUAAUUUGGACUGAUUUUUAGGUAAUCUCAAUAGCAUAAAAGUUUUAUGCUCUAAGUUAUAUUAUUUAAUUAUGGUAUACUUUAAUACAUCUACAUGGCAAAAAUUAUUAUUUAUGUUACCGCCGUGCAUUGAUUUGCAAUAAAUAUUAAAUAAAGAAUUAUGAAGACCUAGCAAGGUUAACAAUAUUACUUUUGUUUGAUCGUAAGCGUGUCCCCUUACUUGCCUUACAAAAAAAAUGCAAUUUUCGUGUAAUCUAGUGUUAUUGUUAAAGCUUAUGAAGUAACUUCGACAUUUUUAACUUAAUAGUUUAUUAUAGAUGUGGUUGAAUCAAAAUUAAUAUUAUUGCAUUCCGGCCAGCUUUUUGUAAAUUUACACGUUAGACUGAUUAUUGUAAUUAUUUGUACAUAAAACGUUUUCCCCCAUUUUAUAAAUAAAUUGUAUUCGUUA